AUGCAGUCCACCUCUUUAAUAAUAUCCUCAAGUCUUUUAAUUAUUUUUGCUUUUUUAACUACACCUCUAAUUUCAACAAUAACAACCAAACCCCACUCACAUAACUGAUCUAUCAUUUGAGUAAAAAAUUCAGUUAAAAUAUCAUUCAUAAUUAGCCUCUUACCCCUUAUCUUAUUUAUUAAUGAAGGUUUAGAAACCAUUAUUACUACCUGAUCUUGAAUAAACACAUCAACCUUCGAUAUUAGCAUCAGUUUUAAAUUUGACCUAUAUUCAGUAAUUUUUACCCCCGUAGCCUUAUACGUCACAUGAUCCAUUCUAGAAUUUGCAUCCUGAUAUAUACACUCUGACCCUGUUAUAAACCGAUUUUUUAAAUACCUCCUACUAUUUUUAAUUGCUAUAUUAAUUUUGGUAACCUCUAAUAACAUAUUUCAAUUAUUUAUCGGAUGAGAAGGAGUUGGCAUCAUAUCAUUUCUUCUAAUCGGAUGAUGGUAUGGACGAGCCGAUGCUAACGUAGCUGCUAUCCAAGCGGUUGUAUACAACCGAGUUGGAGACAUCGGACUAAUUUUAUUUAUAGCCUGAAUUGCUAUAAACCUAAAUUCUUGGGAGAUAAACCAAAUAUUUACACUAGCUGAAAAUAAAGACCUUACCCUACCACUACUCGGGUUAAUCUUAGCAGCAACAGGAAAAUCAGCUCAAUUCGGACUACACCCAUGACUACCCUCAGCUAUAGAGGGUCCCACUCCGGUUUCUGCCCUACUACACUCAAGCACAAUAGUUGUUGCGGGAAUUUUUUUACUAAUUCGAAUAAGCCCCUUAAUGGAAAAUAACCCUUUCAUCCUAACAACAUGCCUCUGCCUCGGAGCAUUAACCACUUUAUUUACAGCUAUUUGUGCUCUAACACAAAACGACAUUAAGAAAAUUGUAGCAUUUUCUACAUCUAGUCAACUUGGUUUAAUAAUAGUUACAAUUGGGCUUAAUCAACCCCAACUAGCAUUUCUUCAUAUUUGUACCCACGCUUUCUUUAAAGCAAUAUUAUUCUUAUGCUCAGGUUCAUUAAUUCAUAGUUUAAACGACGAACAAGACAUUCGAAAAAUAGGCGGAAUACACUUUCUAACCCCUUUCACCUCAUCCUCACUAACUCUAGGCAGCCUAGCACUAACAGGAACCCCUUUUCUAGCAGGAUUCUUCUCUAAAGAUGCUAUUAUUGAAUCAAUAAACACCUCUUAUUUAAACGCCUGAGCCCUUCUACUAACUCUUAUUGCCACCUCAUUCACAGCAAUCUACAGCCUACGAAUUGUUUACUUUGUAACUAUAGGUUACCCACGAUUUAACCCCUUAUCACCAAUUAACGAAAACAGUAAACCAGUUAUUAAUCCAAUUAAACGAUUAGCUUGAGGAAGUAUUAUCGCAGGUUUAAUUAUCACAUCAAAUAUAACACCUAUAAAAAACCCAGUUAUAACUAUACCUUCCUAUGCUAAAAUAGCCGCUCUAAUUGUAACAGUAAUCGGAUUAAUUACAGCCCUAGAAAUAGCCCGUAAUACAUCAAAACAACUAAACAUUUACCCCAAACAAACCCCUCACUUAUGCUCCAGCAUAUUAGGAUUCUACCCAUUAAUUACCCACCGUUUACCCACUAAACUAACACUUCAAUUAGGACAAAACAUUGCCUCACAAACUAUUGAUAUAACGUGACUAGAAAAAAUUGGUCCUAAAGCUACAUCAACUAUAAAUCUACCCCUAAUUACGACUACAAGUAACGCCCAAAAAGGUAUAAUCAAAGCCUACCUGAUAUUAUUUAUCCUAACCUUUACCCUUGCCAUAGCAUUAUUAAUUUAA